ACCGUAAAUUCGAGAACUGGUGUGGAUACUAUAAUAUCGGGGUGAUAAGAGUACCAACCUUUUUUACCGCCAAGAUGUCCAUGCUGCGCUGCUCGCGCCCUCGAAUGGCAACAUCCGGAACGCGGCCGAUCAUAGACGUCAUCCUCACCUUGAAGAUUUGCUCAACAUAAAGGUUUUCAGAUCAACAAGGACAAACAUUUUAUAAAACUUUUUCUUUUUUUUUACUGAAAUCUUUGGACAGUCUUUGCAAAGUAUGUUCACAAAUAGAACAGCAUGGUUCUCAAAUAGUGUGAGAAGAGGAAGCCGUUGGUUUUGGGUAUCUGAGGGUGGCGGUAUUACAAGUUGGGAGACUGCUGACUACCUUUUCAGUGAGGAUGCCACCUGUCCUGAUACAGAACGGAUAUUUGAGAGUGUGGACUAUGCUGAGAACAGGCUAACAGUUUUUCACAGCUUCUAUCUAGCUGCCUGUGAGAAAUGCCACAGUGUCAAGUCAGUGUGCAUCGGUCAUUAUGUGCUGCCUCCAGUCUCUGUCCAGGAGGUGGUGAAAGCAGUGGUUGGGAGAUUCAUUUGGGAGCAGGAGGAUAAUGAAAAGGCUGUUGAUACAGAGGAUUCAGAUGACAGACUGGCAUUGGGCAAUAGGCAGAAGGAAGAGGAAUACAGUGGAGGUUGCUGUGAUCACACAGACAUCAAUAGUUGCCAUGCGGUACCCUUUCUGGAUACUCCGGAUACUCCACAAAGAGAGGGUGCUCUGUGUUGUGAAGUACAACAUUACCCAGUUAAUAACAUGGUUACAGGGUAUGUCAGUAUUGAUGAACUGAGGACUUACUCAGGAGAACUUCAAGACUUCCUACCAGGCCAUUGUGGUUCUUCAGUCUCUAAAAAAAGGCGCUCCACAGUAGAUAUUGCUUAAUGUCAUAUUACAAGGAUACAGAUCACAGGGAUAAUUAAGAGUAACACUUUUUAUUGGAGAAGAACAAAUACACUAUGGGAUGUUAAAUGGAAGAUUUAGCAGGAUCGCUAGACAAUGUUGUCCCUUUUUCACUAUUCACCAUUGUUUUAGUUGUUGAAUUAUAAAAAUAUAUAUAUAUUUUACCUAUUGAAUUAAAGAGUUUACGUACAUAUAUUUUUAUUUACACAGACAUGAUGAGCUAUACAGUGUGUUAUGAAUCAGAAAUAUCUGUCUCUGCUUCAUUCACUUUUCCCAGCAAAAUUAAGUCCAAACCCUGCAUGAAGCAUAGAAAAUCAAAACUAAAUGGUUACCAACACACACACAUAGCACACCUGAACCAGACUGGUUUGCAGUCAAUACUUAAUCAACACCUUGAAGAACAAUCACAAGUUCCAUACUUGAAACAGUAGAUAUUUUGACCCAGCCUUUUGCUUGUUACCUUCCAAUUUAUUUUUAUUUUAUUUAACUAGGCAAGUCAGUUAAGAACAGGUAUAAUGACUGAUAUACAGAGAUGACCGGUUUACAGAGGAGUAUAGAGUGCAGUGGUGUGUCCUAUAAGGAGCAUUGGUGGAAAUUCUGAUGGCCGAAGGGAAUAAGGACAUCUAGCUGCCCGAGAGCACCCUUACCUGCCGAUCUAUAAAUUACAUCUCCAUAAUCUAGCAUGGGUAGGAUGGUCAUCUGAAUCAGGGUUAGUUUGGCAGCUGGGGUGAGCGAUUACAAUAGAGGAAACCAAGUAUAGAUUUUACUUUAGCCUGCAGCUUUGAUAUGUGCUGAGAGAAGGACAGUGUACCGUCUAGCCAUACUCCAAAGUACUUGUAUGAGGUGACUAUCUCAAGCUCUAAACCAUCAGAGGUAGUAAUCACACCUGUGGGGAGAGGGGAAUUCUUCUUAGCAAACCACAUGACCUUUGUUUUGGAGGUGUUCAGAACAAGGUGAAGGGCAGAGAAAGCUUGUUGAACACUUAGAAAGCUUUGUUGUAGAGCGUUAAACACAAAAUCCGGGGAGGGGCCAGCUGAGUAUAAGACUAUCAUCUGCAUAUAAAUGGAUGAGAGCUUCCUACUGCCUGAGCUAUGUUGUUGAUGUAAAUUGAGAAGAGUGUGGGGCCUAGGAUUGAGCCUUGUACUCCCUUGGUGACAGGCAGUGGCUGAGAGCAGAUGUUCUGACUUUAUACACUGCGCUCUUUGAGAGAGGUAGUUAACAAAUCAGGCCAAAGACCCCUCAGAGACACCAAUACUCCUUAGCCGGCCCACAAGAAUGGAAUGGUCUACCAUAUCAAAAGCUUUGGCCAAGUAAAUAAAAAUAGCAGCACAACAUUUCUUAGAAUCAAGGGCAAUGGUGACAUCAUUGAGGACCAAUGAUGUGGUUUGUGUCUGAGUGGUAGUCAUCCCAUUAAAUCCAAGGAUCAGGUCAUCUUCCAGUGACGUAAUGUCAUUGAACUUCAUACUCAUGACUUGAAAACUUGUCAUAUCUGUAGAAAAUAUUUAAUUGAUUAUGCAUCUAGGCUAAUAGUACAACAAUAAUAUUGCGUUUGCUUUUAGCAACUUCUCUCUGCAGAUAUACUGUAAAGAGACUCAAUGAUCAGUUGAAUGCACAUGAAAUCACUGACCUGACAGUGAUUUGGGCCCAUGCUCAAAACUGAUUCUGUCCAAGUUGAUAAAGUUAUUGAUUUAAUCUGGAAGAGCCUUUAGUUCAUUGCCUGCAGGUUCAACCAAUGUAGGUCAGGAGGCAGUUCAGUGAUUGCGUUAUUGUUCAGACCAAGUUUUUGUAACAUGUUGAGUUUUCUGAUGGAGGAAGGCAGCAUCAAUAGACCACAGGCCUCAGCCCACAGCUCUGUCUCACAACCAGGCUGUCAGGUCUCCCAAGGCACAUACAGUGAGGCAAAAAAGUAUUUAGUCUGCCACCAAUUGUGCAACUUA